CAGGUCUCGGAGCGGGAGGGGGAGGGGGAGUGGGAGCGGGGAGCUGGAGGGCAGUAGCAGCGACAGGCACAGACAGAAACUCCACUGAUGACCUUGACGAUGCUGUCUGCCGUACUCCGACGAUUUGCGCCGCUCUGAUGCCGCCUUUUUGUCAAGUACUCCUCCAUUCGCAUCGCGCUUUGCGCCUUCCAAUGAGCUUCGUCGCAACGGACACCGUCCUGGAUGUUACCUUUCAAAGCGGUUUCUGUGUUUUGAAGUGGAGCGUUAGGUGUUGGCAAGGAUUUGGUCGUUGCGCAAGAGCUGGAGUACCGGCGAGUGGAAGGUUAGUGUAGUGUGUAUUUCGGUGCGAGAGGCGGGAGGAGUGAUUGUGGAGGAUGUCUCACACUGCGUAAGCCCUCUCUACAUAUGUUUCGUCUUCAUUUGGCAGCUACUGGGGUUAAAUGGUUACUAGCUUACUUUCCUAUCUCGGCUAGGACUUUUGGCAUGUUCACUGAACUUCUUGAGCAUUUUAGGAUGCAGGGAAGAGCACAACACUAAUGCAUUUGGUCGCUGGAGCGCCUAUAUGGUCGGUGGAAAGCGUCAAGGAGGGAAAAGGAUCCAGGUUCGACGUGUCGGACUCAGUAGGACAAUGUAGGGUAGGUAGUCAUGAUCGGAGGGACGAGGAGGAGACAUGGGGACUCAAUGCAGAGACAGAAAGCUCUGCAUUCUGGGAGCUGAGCUUCGAGACUAGAGCUGUCGUCGACAGCGGAUCAAUUAAGAAGCAGGGGAUGGAUGAAAUUGCCUUGAGCGGGCAGCGGUUCAAACGUAUCCCACACCCGUACAUCGGGCAGUCAACAGAUCUUGAGUCCUUGCUGAAUGGGAAUGGAGACCCUUUCCCACAUUUCAAAGAGCUUCUUCAAAGCUACAGGGCUGAAUGGGUGAAGGAUGAGUUCAAAUACGGUCAUUAUGAAGCUGUGCCACCGCCAGCCUUAGAACAUCAGAUUUUUGAAGGACCCGACACUGACAUACAGACAGAGUUUCGGCUUUCUAACGUCAGACUCGGCAGAAAUGGUGAUGUUACUGAUGAUGAAGAUCCUCAAACUCCACGACGGCUUUCAAGACGUUUUUCUGUACGGUCAUCUGGUCGUUUCUCUAUGAGAUCUACGACUAGUGAUGCACCUGAAGCAUUGCACACAAAUAUCUCAAAGCAUUAUGGGGUUGCUCCGUUACCUCCUUAUGAGCCCGUUUAUAAUUGGCGAGCAACAAGGGCAUCUGUACUUGGACAAAGAACUUCGGAACUUCCAUCAGCAAUAUCAUCUAGUAGCGGGCUGAAGGUUUCUGUGAAGGUUGUCUCUUUGAAUGUUCAGGCCGGACUUGUCGAACCCAUGUACGGUACCUUGUGUCUCUAUCAUCGAGAGAAGCGGGAGAAAUUAUCAGAAAAUUUUCACUUCCGAUGUUUACCAUCAGAGUUCCAAGAUUGUGUAACUUGGCAGGAGGGUGGUAAUUGUCUGAGAAGAGCUAUAUUUUCACUGGAGGCAGCGUCGCCAGCAAUAUGUUUGUUGAUCCAGCUUGAAAAGCAUGUGACUGAGGAAGGAGGAGUAACGGCUCAUGUUUAUUCUCGAAAAGAACCUGUACACUUGACCGAGAGAGAAAAGCAGAAGUUACAGGUCUGGGCGCGCGUGAUGCCAUUCAGGGAGCCUUUCGCGUGGGCAGUAGUUGCUCUGUUUGAUGCAAAUAUAACAGGAGGUGUAGGAGGAUUCUCAUCUUCUCCAAGCAGCCCACUUCCACCAGGACUUUUUGGACCAUCUUUGAUGGAAGCAUCCUUGGAUUCUGAUGGACGACUUAUAGCUGAUGCUAAGACAGAAUCAUCUAGUGUGCCAGUUUUGGUUGAUGUUCAGAGCCUUCGCCGGGUCAAAGAAAAUUACACGGAGGAAAUGCUUCAGGAUCCCAAGUACAAAGUGCACAAACCCGUGAAGGCCAUCCUUCGUCUCGAGAUAGAGAGGUUAUCUACUGAAGAUCAUGACCAAGAUUCCAUAUUUGAGUGUGGUAGUUUUGGUCGUGGGUCCACUGAUGGUGAUUCCCGCUUGACAGUAGGACCCUCUUUCUCAGGGCGUUUCAUGCAGGGGCUGGGCAUGACGAAGGUUACGCAUAAUGGGCGGCAGAAAUGGAGCCCUGGAAGAAAACAUCGCUAUCUGCAUUCCGGCAGUGUUGGCAGCAUUGAAUUUGGAAAGUUUGACUUCCGGGCUAUUGAGUUUCGAUCGGGUUCGAAAGUUGAGGUUUUACCUCAGCUAUUGCACUGCCUGUAUGUAUAUCCUCAAUCAGUCAAUUUAAGUCGAAAACGCAAUCUUUUUGUGCGAGUGGAGCUUCGAAAGGAUGAUGUAGACAUUCGCAAAUCUCCUCUCGAGGCCCUUUAUCCGAGGGAUGCUGACAGCUCUAUGCAGAAAUAUGCACACUCUCAGAUCGAUGCAAACACCAAGACACCUCACUAUCAUGAUGAGUUCAAAAUUCAACUACCUGCCGUUCUCUCUCCUGAGCAUCACCUUCUGUUCACGUUUUUUCAUGUGGAUCUACAGAUGAAAAUUGAGGCUCCAAAGCCGGUGGUAGUGGGAUACUCUGUUCUUCCGCUCAUGUUUGUUUGUCAGGUUCAGCGGUUGGACGGCAGCCUACCUAUCGCAAAGGAGCUGUAUUCCAAUUAUCUACAAGAAAAUGUGAAGGAAAGGUUGGAGUACUUGGAUGAUGGCAAAACUGUAUUUAAAUUGAGGUCACGAUUAUGCUCUUCUCUUUAUCCGGUUAAUGAGAGGAUCCGAGAUUUCUUUUCAGAAUACGAUCGACAUGUCUUGCGGACCAGUCCACCCUGGGGUACUGAGCUGAUGGAGGCUAUUAAUGCUCUGAAGACGGUUGAGCCGUCAGCUAUGCUCCAGUUUCUUCAACCUAUUCUCAACAUGCUGCUUCGUAUGAUUCGCGAUGGAGGAGAAACGUUGCAGGUUGCUGCAUUCCGUUCAAUGGUUAACAUCAUUACCAGGGUACAAGCAGAGACAUCUGAUGGGGCUGAAAGAAAUCGUUACCUUGUGCAUUAUGUGGAUUAUGCAUUUAAUGAUUUUGGUGGGCGUCAUGAGCCUGUGUACCCAGGUCUGUGCAGUGUAUGGCGCAGCCUUGCUCGAAGCAAGGCGAAAGGCUACCGUGUCGGACCUGUGUAUGAUGAUGUUCUUUCCAUGGCUUGGGUGUUCCUGGAGCUAAUUGUCAAGUCCAUGGCACUUGAACAAUCCCGCAUUUACUCUGAGUCCCUCCCACCUGGAGAGGAGUUACCACCUUUGCAGCUCAUUGAUGAGGUCUUUAAAAGUAUCGUACAGCUCUAUGAUUGUUUACUGACAGAGGUUCAUGAGCGCUGCAAGAAGGGCAUGCUUCUCGCAAUGAAGCUGAAUAGCAGUAUUGCAUACUUUUGCUAUGACCUUCUCUCUGUAAUUGAGCAUCGACAAGUCUUUGAGCUGGUUGCGCUUUAUUUCAACAAGUUUGCUGGGGUAUGUCAAUCUCUUGUGCACGAAUGUAAGCUUAAUUUUCUGCGCAUCGUCUGUGACCAUGAUCUCUUUGUUGAGAUGCCCGGUCGAGAUCCUACAGAGAGGAAUUAUUUGGCAUCACUGUUGAUGCAAGAGCUCUUUGUUACUUGGGAUCAUGAAGAUCUGACUUUAAGAUCUAAGGCAGCUCGAAUCCUUGUGCAACUUAUGUGCAAGCAUGAGUAUGAUGCACGGUAUCAAACAUUGGAGGACAAAAUGUAUAUUGCCCAACGUUACUUUCCACUAGUUGACCUGAUAUUGGACGAAAUGCCAGUGUUCUAUGGCCUGAGCACUACAGAGAAGCGUGAAGUGCUGGUGUGUGUGCUUCACAUUCUGCGAUAUCUAGACGAUGCAUCUCUUGUUAAAGCUUGGCAGCACAACAUGGAUAGAACAAAGCUUUUUUUCAAACUCCUGGAAGAAUGUCAGGAAUUGCUGGAGUAUAAGAAGGCUGGAGCAGAUGGCUUGAUGGGAGCUAUGCCAGCGAAUGAUCAAGGAGAAGGGCCCCUUCGAUACUCCGAGAAGCUCUCACCUGCAGUCAAUCAGUUUUUGAUUGAGGCAUCUCGGCAGGAUGUCAGACUCACAAAGAUUUCUCCAAAUGCUCAGUGGAUACUUCCACAAACGAGUCCAGAGAUUGGUUCAUUCUGGAAAAGAGCAAGCCCUGUAACAAAUAGUUCAACUAGCCCAGGUCAGCCGCAUUCGUUGCGAGAGGCACUAGCCCAAGCACAGUCUGCGGGAAGAAGUGGAGGCAGGUCUCUUCGUGAGACCUUGCAUCCUAUGCUCCGCCAAAAGUUGGAGCUAUGGGAGGAGAACCUUAGUGCCUCUGCUAUGCUCCAAAUUUUGGAGGUACUUGAGAAGUUUAUAAGUGCAGUAUCAAGUCAAGCUGUUCUCACUGACUACAUGAGGCUUGAUUGUAUCACAACUAUUUUUAUUGGUUUUCUGGGACGCAGCCAGCCGUUGCCAUUUUGGAAGGCCUUUCUACCUUUCUUCAAUAACGUGUUUCGUCGUCAUGGCGCUACCUUGAUGAGUAGGGAGAAUGAUAGGUUCUUGAAGCAAGUAGCAUUUCAUCUACUACGGCUCGGAGUUUUCCGGAAUGAGUCCAUACGGAAACGUUCUGUUGUUGGCCUUCAAAUUCUUGUCCGAAAUGCAUACCACUACUUUCAAGGCCUUUCAAGACUGCGGGUGAUGCUUACAAUCACACUUUCUGAGCUCAUGUCAGAUGUUCAAGUAACACAUCCUAAGAUGGAUGGAUCCUUGGAAGAGAGUGGUGAAUCUCAACGUCUUCGUAGGUCCUUGCAACAGAUUGCACAAGAAAGUAUUAGUGCGGAUCUUCUACGGGAAUGUGGUCUUCCUGAAGAUUCUCUUACUGCUUUGCCAGAAGGUGUGAAUGGCCAACAAUGGAGUUGGGCUGGAGUCGCUGAGCUUUCCACCUCUCUGCUGAAAGCUGUGGAUGCUGCUGUAGGACAUGCUCUUUUGGGUCCUGAGAUUUUAAUGAAUGACAAGUAUGCAACUGCAGAGGCCUACCAUGGUUUGGCGACGGCAUAUACCAACGUGCCCGAUCUGCAUAUAAUGUGGCUUCUGUAUCUCUGCGAAGUUCAUCAAGGCAACCAGUCUUAUGCAGAGGCUGCUCAGUGUGCUGUUGCGGUUGCAGGUGUCAUCAUGCAUGCUAUAGUAGGAAAAGGUGAUCAUGUUUGGGGAAAAGAGCAUGUUGAGGCACUGGGUAAUAUUUUCCCAAUGCUCACUGGUUCCCGCUUUGGGGAUGCUGCAACUGCCGAAAUUGAAGGCUAUGGGUCAUCGAAAUUGACUGUCGAAUCGGCAGUGAAGUACUUGCAGCUCGCCAAUAAACUCUUUGUCCAGGCAGAGCUCUUCCAUUUCUGUGCCGGCAUAUUGGAGCUCAUAAUUCCCGUCCAUAAGUCAAGGCGUGCCUAUAGUCAGCUGUCUAAAUGUCAUACUUCAUUGACCAGCAUCUACGAAGCUAUACUAGAGCAAGAGUCGAGCCCUAUCCCUUUCACGGAUGCAACAUAUUAUCGUGUGGGAUUUUAUGGGAAAAGCUUUGGUAGUUUGCACUGCAAGGAGUAUGUGUACAGGGAACCACGGGACGUGCGGUUAGGGGACAUUAUGAAAAAUUUAGGAAAUAUUUAUGAGCCUACAGUAAUUGAAGGAAAGCAGAACUUGCAUAUUAUCCCCGAUUCUCGUCAAGUGAAUCCAGAGGAUCUUCAAGCUGGCAUUUGUUACUUGCAAAUUACAUCUGUCGAUCCUGUUACAGAGGACGAGGAUUUGGAAAGCAGGCGAGAAAGACAAUCCGGGAGGUCCUCGUCAACAUUCAGUGCACGAGUCUUCGAUCGAUUUUUAUUUGACACUCCUUUCACAAAGAAUGGAAGAUCCCAAGGAGGUUUGGAAGAUCAGUGGAAGAGGCGUACGGUUUUGUGGACUGAAGGGCCUUUUCCAUCUCUUGUAAAUCGUUUAAUGGUUGUGAAGUCUGAGUCGCGAGAAUUUUCGCCAAUCGAAAACGCCAUAGGAAUGAUUGAGACUCGUACAGCAGCUUUAGCAGGAGAGCUCGAUGAUCAACGUAUAAAUGAGGGAGAUCCUCUGCCCCGUUUACAAGGCCUGCAAAGAAUCUUGCAAGGAAGUGUUGCAGUCCAGGUAAAUAGUGGAGUGCUAGGUGUCUGCACAGCUUUCUUGUCUGGGGAACCUUCAACACGAUUGCGCUCACAAGAACUACAGCAGCUGAUAGCAGCACUCUUGGAGUUUAUGGCUGUGUGCAAGAAAGCAAUUCGAGUACAUGCACGACUGAUUGGAGAGGAGGACCAAGACUUCCACUCGCAGCUUGUGAUUGGAUUCCAAUCACUCACAGCAGAGCUAUCCCACUAUAUUCCCGCCAUCUUGUCAGAUGUAACCAUACUUGGGAAACACAGCAAUGUGCUCAAGCUCUGAGAAUGAGCACAGGUUUGCCAGAACUUCGAGUAAGCUUCAGGAAUUGUGAAAUUCUAGGUGUACCCUUACGUCCAUGUAUUAUCCAAAACUGGGGUGUUUUCCUACAGCUGGGUUCCGUGGUAGAAACUAGCUGAUUUUUUCCCGGUUAACUACACUAACUAUGAAAAGUUGGAAAAUUGUGUUACACAUUGUAAUCAUCCUAGUCGUUAAACCAUAGCACUGAAAAGAUAGGGGCUGAAUUUAGUUGUAAUGCAGAGACAGAGUUCUUGAAUUGUAGAUUGGAUAGAUUAGGUAGUUUAUAAACGAGGACUCGAAGAUUCUUUUGAUCAUAUAGACGCAGUAGCAAUGCCCUGAUUAACACUCCUUACUAAAUUACUAGCUGCUCCUUUGUUGACUGACAGAAUGGUGGUCCUUCUGUGGUCGUAUUCGUAAUCCACGAAGCAGACUAGUCCUAACCGGAGAUGUGGAGCUAUGUUGUCGCUGGGCUAUUGGUCCUUACAGACAUCAAUCUCCAGAGUUGGAGGCGUCCCUCUCCGUAUACAUCAUGCUUUAUUUUUCCGUUGAUGCUCUUUCAGCUGUAGCUUCUUACUAGUCUAGUUCAACAUCUCCACUGGGUGUGCCCUUUUGUUUGUUUCAAAGGCCUUCAAGUACUGGUUACUGGUAGUGGUAGAUUUUAACCACUCACGGAUUAUAGGGUUGUGUAGGCUUUACACGACGUGAUUGCUUCUAGACCCGUAGGGUUUGGAGUUUCUGAUGUACAUUUACCAAUUUAAGUGAGCAUUAUUUACUUCUGAAAA